AUGAAGGGUUUUCGCAAGCAGCAGGAGAAGAAGGAGGCGUCUCCGCCGCCUGUGCUCAUGAGUGAGGAGGAGAUCAAGGUCGUCCGUGAUAGCUGGUACCAAGUAAUGCACCCAACCUCAUCAACCCCCCAAAAAUUCAUCAAAACACCCCUCUCCCUCCAACAAGAAUACCCCUUUGCCCCACCCCUCUCCCCAGCCUCCCUUUUCACCUACACCUUCUACUCGAACCUCUUCAUCCUCCACCCAGAACUCCGCUCCAUGUUCUCAAACAUCCACGCACAAUCUGCCGCACUCGCAGGCGUGGUGAGUACGUCCGUGAACAUGUUGAACAAUAUCGAGGCGCUCGCGCCAAAGUUGGAGGCGAUGGGGAGGGCGCAUAGGGAUUUGUAUAAUGUCAAGUCGGAGAUGUAUGAGACUGUGGGGGAGGUGUUGUUGUUGAGUUUGAGGGAGAGGUUGGGGGAGGGGUGGAGUGGGUCGAUAGAGAGUGCGUGGGCUAAACUCUACGGGUUGCUUGCUUCGGCGAUGAUCAAGGCGUCGGAUGCGAAGAAGCGGAAGGGGUUGCGACAACGAACAGGGAGCAGAAACGCUUACCAGUGCGGAGUAAUGUGA